CAGCCCUGAAGUAGCCAAUUAUGUACCGGUGUGGCAGUGAACAGUAUGUGCCGUGAUCGCGGCAGGAGAAACUCUGCCUAACUACAGCCCUAAGUGACGAUGACCUGCCCGGCCUGUCUGCCAGCUUAGAUCCGCUGAACUGGACGAGUCGCGAUGGACUUCGUUCUGAGCGGGGUGGCGGCGUGCGGAGCCUGCCUCUUCACCAACCCGCUGGAGGUCGUCAAAACUCGGAUGCAACUGCAAGGAGAGCUGAAGAGUCGGGGCUCCUACAGUGUGCACUACCGCAAUGUGUUCCACGCUUUUUACACCAUCGGGAAAGUGGACGGGCUGCUCGGCCUCCAGAAGGGACUGGUCCCUGCGCUUUAUUAUCAGUUUUUUAUGAAUGGAGUCCGGCUCGGCUCCUACGCCAUCAUCGAGUCAUCGGGUCACAUCCACACCAACGGCAGGGUGAGCGGGGUGAAGACCACGCUGGCGGGGGCUGUGGCUGGAGUGGUGGGGGCUGUCAUGGGCAGCCCUAUAUACCUGGUGAAGACUCAUCUGCAGAGUCAGUCCACCUCCUCCAUCGCUGUUGGUCACCAGUAUCAGCACCAGGGGAUGAUGCACGCUCUGAGUGUCAUCUAUAGGCAGCAUGGCAUUGUGGGAUUGUGGAGGGGCUCUAGUGCUGCUGUUCCCAGAGUCAGCAUAGGCUCAGCAGCUCAGCUCUCCACCUUUUCCUCCUCCAAGGAGCUGGUCAUGGAUCUACAGGUGUUUCCUGAAGACAGCUGGUUGGUGGCCCUGAGUGCCGGCAUGAUCAGCAGUGUGGUGGUGGUUCUGGCUAUGACUCCUUUUGAUGUGGUUAGCACACGGCUCUACAACCAGCCUGUAGAUCACCUGGGCAAAGGGCAGCUCUAUAAAGGAUUCACUGACUGCUUUUCAAAGACUCUGAAGAAAGAGGGCCUGGCAGGACUUUACAAAGGCCUCGGAGCCUCCUAUUUCCGGCUUGGUCCACACACCAUUCUGUCUCUAUUCUUCUGGGAUGAGCUACGCAAAUUAUAUUGGAAGGUCAGAUAACGUCAAGGAUGAAAAGGUGGAAAAGCUCAUUAAAUUCUGAGUACUGAGAUUAAAUGAGUCCUCUAAAAAGAGAAAGAAAUAUCGAAAAAAAUAAAAGAAAAACCAGAAGAGGAGGGUUGCUUUUUGUGAAAAAGGAACAAAGAACAUUUUACACUCCAUUAAGAAAAUUUGAAAAUAAAAUAUGGGAGAAUUGAAGGGCAAAGCUGUAUACAAAUAAGCCCUUUUACAGAUAUCAAGGCUUUAGUUUAACGUUCCGAGUUUGUGAUGUAGUUGUGACAUUACAUCAACCGUUGCAUCAUUUUAUGAUACUUAGCUCUUGAAUUAUGCCAUUCCGAAACAUUUAAAAAACCUGCACUUUGUACCUCCCAAAGCAUUUAUUGUUUGCACCAGCUUGCAAAAACAACAACUGCUGUUUCAGCUGUGCAGGCACAGCCGUCUGACAGGUUCAUGUCAGACGUGACUUGAUGCUUAGCCGGAGAAAAAAAGACACUCGCAGACGCUUUACCUUAGCAGUACGUUAACCAGUAACACAGCAACUGCACAUAUUCAAGAAGGGACUUUAUUUGAACUAUUUCAAAUAAAGACAUUAGGUAAAAUAGGUCAAAAAAUAAAAAAGUUACACAAAACACAAAAAACCUGCACAAUUUUUUUAAUUAGAGAAGAUGGCUUUGAAGAAAAAUAGAGCUCUAAGCAGUCUUUGCUUAACACGGUGAAUGAACAUAUAAACUAAUCAUGUUGUUUAUCCAGUCACUGUCAAACAAGAUGUAAUAGCAUAUUUAAUUUAAUAACUUGUUCUCUCUUUUUCCACUAAUAAAGAUGUUGGGUCAUAAAAAGUAAAAUUCAUUACAUUUGAAUUAAAUGCUAUUUCUAAGCAGUGACUUUUGUAUUGGACAAUUAUUAAAAAUGAUUAAAAAUAAAUAAUAAUGAUAGUAUUAAAAAAAAAAGUACUGUCAUACAGUAGUUUUUUCUAUGUGUUAAUGAUUAAUGAGGGCAAUUUCCCACGGCAAACCUGACCAUCUCCCACAGCACACUGGUUGAAAAACACUGUUCUAUGGUAAAGAUGAAGGUCCCUCUGAAGUUCCCCAAACCGGUUGGGUUGAGGAAUAAAAGUAAGCCCCCUUUCCAGCAAAUUAAGCCGUGGUGCGGUAGGUGUGAAAAGGGUAGAGAGGUUAAGGAUUAUGGACUUGGAGUCCCAGCCUAUAGGUCCCUCUCUGGGUGCAUUAAAGGUAUAGAGGUACCGGUUGGGCCUCUGUAAAUUUAGGCCUAUGUGGCGCAAAAAGUUCAUGAAAGGAAAAUAGACGGAAAACAUUAUGCACUCACUUAUCUAUUUUUCAGGAGAAAAAUAGGAGAUACAAAAUGUAAAAGAAUCUGGUAGCUAAAGAAUAAAAAGCUUUAUAAAGAGUUUGCUUUAAAAAAUAACUCCCUCUGUUUGGUAACAUAAACCGAUUUUUUUUUUUUAAACUUCCAGCUAGAUUUCUGUUUUUGUAGCAGUUCAGCACACUUAGGAAUUUCAUCGGGUGAAUACAGACAUUACCAAACCUGCUAUAGGCUGUGUUUGCCUUAAACAUGUCAUGAUUUCCUGACCUUAGGAGUUUGAAUAAUCCUUCAGAAUAAACAAACUAUAUUUAAAAAUAAACGUUUUAACUUUAGACCACUUUUAUCAUAACUAAACUCAGAUCAAAGACAUCAUGCUAUGUCUCAUAUUAGGUCAUUUGCGCAUUCGUAUGGAAAAAUGUAGACAGUAAUGGUAUAAUGUAAAUUUAAAUGCUAGCGUUUGAAAUGGGUUCAUGUUGUUGGCAGUAAUUUCAAAUAUCCUCUUAGUAUUGACAUAAUAAAGAUAUUGCCUGCAGCAAAACAGUUGAUAUACUCCCUUUAGUUUUAUCAUACUUUCACUUCCACAUUUAAUGACUCAGAUCUUCAGCACUGACUUAGAAGAGGGUUGUGAUCCCCCUAAAGAUCUAGUUAAACAUUUUUUUUAAAUGUGUUUUUAGAUCUUGUUAAACUCUAACUAACUCACGCCUUAAUAAACCAUGUCAGGUAAUUUAUAACCCACAUUUAAGAUUUUUAUCUCUAGAUGAGCAUCAUUCUGUUACAAAAUGAUGACAAAUUGUAAUAUUUUGUCAAGCAAAAAACAUCUUCAAUGUAAAUAAAGUGGUGUGAUGAACUUGUUUGUCACAUCACUUAUGACACACCUUAACAAUUUACUUUUGGCGGGUUCUAUUUAAUGGUAAGGGUUAGGGGUUAACCCUAACCCUAACCCUAACCCUAACCCCAACCCAUGGUUCAAUUAAAUUAAUUUUUUUAGGUUUUGUGAACUGAACGGUUUUUGAACUUACUAGCACCAGUUAUCACUUAAAAGUUACAGUCCAUCUGAUAUAUUCAUCAAAUUAUUUAAAAUAUUUUACCCAUUUAUGAUGAUGCAGUCUAUAUUUUGGAGGACAUUUUAUUUUGAAUUAAUUUUUGAAUAAGUUAAAUGUUUAGGCCUAAUACUUUGAGUCCUGCAUCUUUGUGCAGUUAAGGAACUUGGGCGUUAACAAAGAUUUUCAACAUCAUCGUCUUAGCCUUCAAAUUUACUUUCAGAAAUUAAAAAGUACUUUUUCUGGAAGAAACAAUUCUGGAUUAAACUUUCCAAAACCCAAAUUCUGGUCUUUUUUUUUUUCUUUUUGUAAAACUAUAUUCCUUUAGAGUUGGUUUUCCGCCUCGCUGUCGAGCUGUUUCUGUACCUAGUAAGGCCAAAUUACAACAAGAAGGAUGUUGUUGUAGCUGUAUUUUAUGACACCAUGACAGAUUGUCUAACAUACUGGUACUGAAACACCAGUAUGAAACAUAAAAGUGAUGAUGAUUGAAACAAAAAUAUUCAGUUGAAUUUUUUUUGUUUUUUUUUUGUUCUUCAAAUUUGUCAUGUGAAAUGCGUAAUACAGUUUUUAUGCUUUCUUGUUGAUUUUUUAUUUGUCUUCAGCUAAAAGUGCCUAAACGAUUUGAAAAGUUACUGUACGCACGCCAAACUUUACCUCAGAAAAGUUCAAAUUCAAGCAGAACGUGUGAAAUGUAUUUGUAUUGAAGGAAGAUGGACAAGCGUCUUGUCGUGACACAUAGGGUAAUCAUUAGACAGGGACUCUCGGCUACUGUUAAAAAAGAACUUUGGUUGAGGAAUUGCUAAGCUGAUUUGAAUUUUUUUUCUUGUAAAAUGAGAAAAUAAACUGAAUGUUACUUUGAUGGGUUUCGGAGAAUUUAGAUGAAAGCUCAAAAGUCACGUGAAACAAGACUUGAGAACAAAUAAAGUGAAGAUUGUACUCAAAGAAGUGGGGUCUUUUUUGCCUCGUUUUUUUCCAACAUGGCUGUAAUUUUCAGUGACAUGAACCCACACCAGGCUUGUUCAGUUAUAUAUUGAUAAAUAUUAAAUAAUUAAUAUUGCCAGUUGUGGAUUCACUUCCUCAGAAUUUACAAGAACUGAGGAAAUCUUCUCCCACUGAUGUUAGUUAAUUGGUGAAAUUCUACUGCAGCUGAUGGAGAACAGAAAGUACUGAUUUACUUCACAGAGCUGCACCAUCACUGCUUGUGUGACUUCAAGGAGGCUCAAGUGUUUUUGAUCAUUCUCUUUGCCCACAUGAUUAACUUACAUUUAAAGUGGUUUGCAAAGGUCACAUUCAUUAUGUGUUAAGAAAUAAAUUGUGCGUCAGCUGAUGAAAAACUGGGUUGUUUGAAGAUGACGGGGGUCAAACAACAACAUGCCACGUCAAUGCUGAGUAUUCAGGGGGAACAUUAACUGCGCAGAUCAACAGAGCUGACCAAAUACAUCCAUGUUCAUGAACAGGCCCUGUAGAGGUCUGAAGUGUAACUUUUUGUGUUUGGGGUUGAAGCUCAGCAGAGGAACUUUAAUGAAAAGCUUUUACACCAAAAGCAUACCUCCAGCAGUUACAAUAUGAAUCUGUAGAUUUACUACCUUUAGAUCAGAAUAAUGGCAGUGUUCUUGGUAAAAAAAAAAAAAA